AUGACCUCCAAAUUUAACUCUGUUAUCUUGGAUAUAGAAGGGACAAUAUGUCCCGUUUCGUUUGUCAAGGAUACACUAUUCCCAUACUUCCUGGAGCACUUAGAGGAGUAUCUCUCAAAGAUUGAAUUUCCAUUGGGCAACACCACAAGCAAUUUGCAGAAUGCAGAAUUGGCUGGGAUCCUUGAUAAGUUUCCAACUGAAUAUUCUUGUGGCAAAGCCACACUUGAGAAGUAUAUCAGGGAAUUAGUUAAGAAUGAUGUGAAAGACCCGGUUUUAAAGGAGUUGCAAGGAUAUGUGUGGAAAACGGGAUACAAUUCAGGGGAAAUUCUUGCCCCAUUGUAUGACGAUGCGAUUGAAGCAAUAAAGCAUUGGUCGGUUACACUUUCGGGGGGAUUAUAUAUUUAUUCCUCCGGUUCAAUUGAAGCACAGAAGCUUCUACUCUCACAUGUGAAAAUUUCCAAAAGUGGGCAUCCGCUAAAUGUGGCAAACUUGAAUGGACUUCUUUCUGGAUACUUUGAUACAACAAAUGCAGGAAGCAAAAUUCAGAUCGCUAGUUACAGGAGGAUACUUCAAAAGAUAGGAUAUGGUUUGGAGACGGAAUCGCAACUCAAGUACUCCAGUAUUUUGUUUUUAAGUGACAACCCGGCAGAGGUUGAGGCAGCUAUUCAGGCUGGUAUGACAAGCUAUUUGGUGUACAGAGCAGGCAACCGAGAAAUACCGCAUGAAAUACAGCAAAGAGUUAAAGUGAUUACAAAUUUUGCGCAGCUAUUUUGA